AUGGGGCCCCUGACGGGCGUGGGGUGCUUCGCCAUGCGCGCCGGCGCGCGGUCGGGAUACAGCAGUCAGGCGGGGCGAGCUGGUAAUGCGGCGGACGAGGCGGAGGUUUCUAAGUGGUCGUCGCUGCCGCCCGAGCUGCUGCGCGAGGUGAUCGCGCGGCUGGAGGAGGACGACCGCGACUGGCCGCAACGUCGCAGCGUCGUCGCGUGCGCCGGUGUCUGCAAGGCGUGGCGCGAAAUGACUCGCGAUCUGCUGCAGUCGGUGGGGUCGUUCGAGGCGGGGCAGAUCUCCUUCCCCGACGAGCUGCGCCGCCCGGGUCCGCGGGAGCGCAGCGUGGAGUGUUUCAUCCGCCGCAGCCGCAAGACGGGCACCUUCACGCUCUUCCUCGGCGUUCCUCCCGCGCCCACCGAGACUGGCAAGUUCCUCAUGGCGGCGCGCAAGUGCGGCUGGCGCCCCUCCAGCAUGGAGUACAUCGUCUCGCUGGAUCCGCGCGACUUCUCGCGAUCGCGCUCGUCGUUCGUCGGUCGCCUGCGCGCCAACUUCCUCUCCACGCGCUUCGCCAUCUACGAGUCGCCCAACGAGCCCGUGAACCCGGUGUGUUCGCCACCCAUCGCCAGCAGCAAGGUGCAUCCCGGCUACAGCCCGCUCCUCGCGCCCUCGCCCGCGCCCUCGCUCGCGCUCCCCGACGCCUCUGCGAGCGGCAGCGGCAGCAGCAGCAGCCGGUGGCUGACGGCCAGCGCGUCGUCGCUCUCCGCCGCCAAGAGCCCAGACUUCACUACCGCCUCCGCCUCCGCGUCCUCGUCCGCGUCGUCCUCCGCGUCGUCGGCGCUGCGCCCGUCGUUCCUCUCCUCCUCCUUCGACGCCAGCAACGGCGGGCUCUCCGCGCUGCUCUCCUCCCCCUCCACCUCCUGCGCGCCCGCCGUCUGCCACAAGCCCUCCGCCGCCACGCUCUCCCCGUGUCUCUCCCCCGCGCCCUCCGCGCUGCCCCUCGACGGCCCCGUCGUGUCCGUCGCCUACGCGCUCAACGUGCUCGGCGCGCGCGGGCCGCGCCGCAUCCUCUGCACGCUGCACCACGUGCCAGCUGGCGCCACGGGAUUGGCCGGCGACGACGACGGAUCCGGAAAGAGCAACGAUGCUGACGGGGCGGGCCCGCGAGCAGCGGGGAUGGCGGGUGGGGGGGGAGGCGGCGUGGAGAUCUCGCUGGACGGCGGGUUGAUGGGCGCCGCUGCGGAGUCGGCGGCGAGCCAAGGCAUGGCGGGGCUGUCGCCGCCGCCCCUCUCGCUGGGGGAAAGCGCCACCCCGUCGCGCCCCCUCCCCGCGCAGCGCUCUCUCGCGUCUCCCGCGUUCACUCCGCCGUCGGUGUCGUCCUCCUCGCUGCUCUCCUCGCUGCCCGCCUUCACUCUCUCCGACUCCUCCCCCGCCCUCUCCUCCCCUGCGCCCUCCUCCCCCUUCACCCCCGCGCUCGCCAGCUCCCCGCGCUCGUUGCUCAGGCCCGCGGGCAGCAGCAGUGUGGGUGGCUCCGCGCGGCACGUGGGGCGGUCGUUGUUGGGGCAGAGGCAGGGCGCGGCGGAGGAGGUGGAGGAGGGUGCGGAGGGGGAGGACGGGGACGCCAUGGACGCGACUGCCGCGCUCGCGCCCACACCGCCCUUCGGGUCGCCCGCCUUCGCUCCCACCGCCUCGCUCUCACCCGUCCUCCCCUCCUCCACCGCCUCCCCCGCCCCGCCAGAAGCCGACCUUCUUCCGCCAGCCGUGCUGCCGCUGUGUGCGGCGCCAGACGCGUGCGAGUGUCGGCAGUGCGGCGGGCGGCACAGACACGCGGCGGGGCAGGUGGGGGGCGAGCAGGCGCUGCUGGCGGAGCCCAUGAUCCUGAGGAACAAGCCGCCCCGCUGGCACGAACAGCUGCAGUGUUGGUGUCUCAACUUCCGGGGCCGGGUGACAGUGGCGUCGGUGAAGAACUUUCAGCUGAUAGAGGGCAAUGCGGGGGGGGCGGUGGACGAUGCGGACAAGCCGGUGCUGCUGCAGUUUGGCAAGAUCGGCAAGGACGUCUUCACCAUGGACUACCGCUAUCCGCUCUCCGCCUUCCAG